AGAGGCGCUGAGGUGUUUUGUAGUUUAAGACUUUCACACUGUCUCAGCACUUCUCUCCAAACAGCAUCUCCUCAACAUGAAGACUCUCCUCGCCGCAAUAGUCCUGUUCACCGCUGUGUUACACAUGGUGUUGUCUUGUUCGGUGUGUGAAGGUGAGGGGUUGAAGUGUUACACCUGUGUGGCUAAGAACAUGGAGGAUUGUAACCGGCAGGGAUCGACAGUGUGUCCUGCUCACUCAGAUGCCUGCUCUACUAUCACGGGACCCAACUCUGUGAUGAAGUCAUGCGCUUACAAGUCUUUCUGUGACAAGUCUCACAUGAGCAAUGGUGAGGUGAAGCUGGAAUGCUGCUUCAACGACGACUGCAACGGCCCGCACCGGUCCCACAGCCACGGGGAACACGGUGCCGCCCCGCCCCUGAGCUCCUGCCCUGUCCUGCUGCUGGGGGUCCUGCUCAUUACACUGGCUGUCAGUUCCCUGUGAACCCUUUAGUCUUACAUGUCAAAUAAAGCCUCCUCUGAUCUAUUUAAUGUAACUGAUAGAUAGAUGAGCUUUUGUCUAUUGGGCAGCAGCAUAAUCUGUGUGUGUUCAUGCUGUUACACACACAGGGGUUAAUUAAACACUGCUUAGAUUUUGUGUUGAUCUCUUUUAUUGUACUUGAGCUCAAAUGAGCAUCUGCUGAACUAAUGAAUAAACUAAUAAAUGACCAAGUAAA